AGACACACACGCACACGCACACACAGAGACACACACACACUCACAAACAGGGAAGGGCAGAGUGAGUGAAGACACGCCCCCUCAGAGAAGCUCUUCUCAGGGAAACAGAGAGGCUCCUGCAGCCUCUGGGGUCUUUGCUGGUACCAGCCCUGUCCUUCACCCCGCCAGCUCCCAAUGGGCUGUCUGCCUCAGCUCUGCUUGCCGCCGGCCGUGUUCAUGUGACCCGCAGCUCCCAGGGCCGUCAUCGUGGGGCUUAGGGUCAGCGUCAUUGGCUGGGGCAGAGACCCUGUUACCCAUGUGCUGGAAGGGAGCAGCCCACUUAUCUGUCUGAAAUGGGUCACAGUACUAUGCUAAUUCAGAACAGAACCCCCAUUGUCUCCAGAGACGCAAAGACAGUGAUUGGCUGCUUAACUGAUCCCUGCUGAGUCCCAUCCUCAGUUGGGUUUGCACUGACAUGAGCGUAGCUGGCUGCCGCCGUCUACCAGUACCUCCUGUUGGCCACAGUAGGUAGUGUACAGAUGUGCGGGGCUAUGCUUCCCGCUCAGAGAGCCCCCAGUGGCCAUGUGAGGGAGGGCAGAGACACUGCACGUGCUCUCCCCAGUAAGCCCGUAAUCCUGCAGAAUAGGGUCACGUGACCCUGUGUGGUUUACUCCCGGAAGGAUGCCAUUUCAUGAUCGAUUUCCCUCCUGGUGUGUAUGUGUGUGUGUGUGUGGGUCAGAUAUACUUUUUAUUGUGGGGACCAAAUGUCCCCACUGUGUCAUAAACCUGUUAUUUUGAUGUUUUGGGGACCAUUUUUUCAGUCCCCAUAAGGGGAAAUUAAAUUUUAUAAAAAUCUGCUAUUGCAAUCAAAAAACUAAAAAUUCCAAAAGAUUUGUUUGGUUACUUAUGACUAAGUUAGGGUUGGGUAGGGAUUAUGGUUGUCAUUUUUGGGAUUAGGGAUUUGCCCAAAGAAAUUAAUGGAUAGUCCCCACAAAAUAAUGAAUACAAAUGUGUGUGUGUGUGCGUGUAUGUUUAUAAUCAUUACAUUUUAGGGACCCGAUAUCCCCACAAUGUGGUGAAAACCUGUAACAUUCUAUGCAUUUUUUAGUCCCCACAAGGAAAAUGAAAUAUUGUAUCAAAAUAAAACUGUGAUUGUCAUUUUAGAAAACUGAAUGGACAGUACCCACUGAGAUAUGAACACAUGGACUAUGUAUGUUUGCGUGUAAAUGCACAAAAUAUCUCUACCUCUUCCUUAACAGCAAAUGUGAUUGAACCAGCCUAAUCAAAACACACAUAUUAUGUUGAUGAUUAUGUAGAGGAGCUUAGCACUGGGAGCCCGCAGAGUUGUGUGUGUGAGUCUAUGUGUCUAUGUGAGUGUAUGUGUCUGUCUGUUUGUUUGUGUGUGUGCGUGUCUGUGUGUCUAUAUGUGUGUGUGUGUGUGUGCUUGGCAGAGGAAUUUUGCACCUUCAGGGCGACACACUCUCUGUCCCAGCCCAGCCUGUCCUGGUCUGACCUGAAAGUCUUUCAUGGUGGGGGGGGGCUGCCCGCCCAGAACUGGGUUAGGAUGCCGCUUACUCUGCAUCGGGCCGCCCACUGUUCCGUGAGACUCCCUCUUUGCUUGUGGGUUAUUGAAAAAUUUCUGUAGAUAAGGAGAUUAGGGAAUAAUGCCAUUCUUGUGCAACUGUGGGGCAGAAUUGAUAUUGGGCUUUAAUCUGGCAGGGGGCGGGGAUUUCCCAUGAUGCUGUGUGCAGUGUGGAGUGCGGGGAAGCGUGAGGCCAGCAGGGUGGCUUCAGUGUGAGGCCACUGCGGAGGGCUAAACCGGAGGGAAGUCGACAGUGUGGUGGCGGGCGGGCAGGGGGCGUGCAGGACCGGCUGAUACGGACUGCGGCGCGAGCAGAGCACAGCUGAGCCAGCCUCCUCCUCCUCGUCCUUCAUCAUGCGCGUCUUUCUGCUGGCUUCCCACCUGCUGCUUCUCGCUGGGCUCUGGCUGGUUGUCCCCAUCGAUGGUACUCAGUUUCCGGGCCGCAGGAAACACAAAGACGUGCACCUGGGGGAGCGCAGCAGCCACAAGCACGGCCGGCAGAUCGAAUUCAAGAUGAAGAAGCUGGACAGCACCAAGUCCCUGCUGAUGAAGUCCGAGCAGCUGCUCCGCAUCGAGGACCACGACUUCGCCAUGAGGCCCGGCUUUGGAGGUGCUGCGAUCCCGGUGGGCAUCGACGUCCAGGUGGAGAGCAUCGACAGCAUUUCGGAGGUCAACAUGGACUUCACCAUGACCCUGUACCUGAGGCACUACUGGCAGGACGACCGGCUGGCCUUCCCCUCCAGCAGCAACAAGAGUCGCACCUUCGAUGCGCGGCUGGUGAAGAAGAUCUGGGUGCCGGACGUCUUCUUCGUGCACUCCAAGCGCUCCUUCAUCCACGACACCACCAUGGAGAACAUCAUGCUGAGGGUGUACCCCGACGGCAACAUCCUGUACAGCGUCAGGAUCACUGUCACUGCCUUCUGCUCCAUGGACUUCAGCAGGUUUCCUCUGGACACGCAGAACUGCUCCCUGGAGCUGGAGAGCUAUGCAUAUAACGAAAAUGACCUAAUGCUAUACUGGAAGAAUGGGAAUGAUUCCCUGCGGACGGACGAGAUCCUGCUCUCCCAGUUUUUCAUUGAAGAAUUCCACCCAUCCUUCGGACUGGCCUUCUACAGCAGCACGGGAUGGUACAACAGGCUGUACAUUAACUUCCUGCUCAGAAGGCACAUAUUCUUCUUCAUGCUGCAGACCUACUUCCCCACCAUGCUGAUGGUGAUGCUGUCCUGGGUGUCCUUCUGGAUCGACCGGAGGGCCGUACCCGCCCGUGUCUCCCUAGGCAUCACCACCGUGCUUACCAUGUCCACCAUCAUCACAGGCGUGUCCUCCUCCAUGCCCCAGGUGUCUUACGUCAAGGCUGUGGACAUCUACCUAUGGGCCAGCUUCCUCUUCGUCUUCCUGUCCAUCAUUGAAUACGCCGCAGUCAACUAUUUCACCACAGUGGAGGAGAUGAGGAAACUCACGAGGGCAAAGGGACCUGCCACCUUGAAUGCCACUGAAGCCAUGGCCUUCGAUGGUUGCUUCCAUGACAAUGAGCUGGACCUCACCCCCUUCCCGGAGGUGCCCGUCACCAGCAUCCCUGAUCGGGCAGCCCAGUCACGCAACUUGGCCGAGCCGGCUCCCACGGAGGGAACCUGGCUACGCAGGAAAGGGUCUGUGAGGAGGAACCUCAGCGUCAUCAUGAGCAACAGCUACAUGAUUGACUCGUACUCCCGCGCUCUCUUCCCAUUGGCCUACCUGCUCUUCAACAUCAUCUACUGGAGCAUGUACUCUUAGACACCGUGCAGCUUAUACUAAAGUUAAAAGAUGGAGGCCUGCUAGUAUACACAAUGCAGAACAUGACAUAAACAGCACUAUACUCCAACAGAUACUGCAUCCCCACACAUAAACAGCAAUUUACUCCGACAAAGAUACUGUAUCCCCACAAAUAAACAGCACUGUACUCCUACAUAUCGAAUAAUUCGAUAUUCUCAGACCUACCCAGCAUUAUGACAACAAUUCUGCUUCCCCACCAUUGAAAGUGAGGCCAGUUUCAAGGGCCCCUGAGUGAUAGGGACCAAAAAAAUGUGGAAAAUAUUUGGAUAGGUUUAGGUUAAUGGCCCAUUAUGAUAUACUUUCAUGGGGCCCAAACUUUCUAGUGGUGACCCUGAUCCCCACAUCAGCACCUAAAUAGCUAUACUAUACUAUAUUCCUACAAUACCCCCCCACACCUAAAAAGCACUAUACUCCCACAAUGAUACUGCAUCCCCACGCCUAAGAAGCAUUAUACUCACACAAUAAUACUGUAUCCACAAACCCACACAACACUAUACUUCCACUAUGAUACUAUAUCCCCACACCUAAACAGCAAUGUACUCCAAUGACAUUGCAUUCCCACAAACAACUAUCCCAAGCAACACUAUACUCUAGCUUGAAUCUAUUUGGUCGAAUAACAAGCUAAAAAUGUACCAUUUAUGCAAACUGCAUUGGACACAAUUUUGCUUCAAAAUAAAUACAUUAGAACAGGCCUCCAGAACCACAGAAUCAGGACCUCAUGCCGUGGUGGAGGUAUGAAGGCUGGAUUGUCAGGUCUAGCACUAGGGUGACAGGUCUGACUGCACUGCAUCUAGUCUUUUAGGAAGAGCCAUUUGUGCUCUCAAAGAGGUCACACUGCCAACACACUGGAUUGGGCUGGGUUAUGUUGGGGGGGGGAUUAGGGUUAGGAUUAGGGUUAGCAACACACAGGUCAGCUUGAAGACACUAUUGCUGGUAACUCUAUUUCGUCAUGGUUUUACAUAUGGGGCAGAUCUGCACAGUGACUGUGUUCUCACAUGUGGGUGCUUUUGUCAUUCGUGUGGCUGUAUGUGUGAUUCAGAUGCCUGUGCGUGUCUGUGUGAAAAACAUCCCCAGAAGAAUGAUGUGAAACUGACACAAGAGCAUCUUUAAUAUACUUUUCUUUUCUUAUAUGUGGAAUUAAAUUAAAUCUACAAAGAACAAUAAAAGCUGUAACAGCUGGUUCACUUCA